CUUCAUCCCUCCAUCCUCCCCGUGCUGCCGCCUCGCAUCCCUCCCUCCUGCAUCCCUCCCUCCUGCAUCCCUCGCUCCUACACCCCUCCCUCCAUCCCUCCCUCUGCCUGCGCAGAGCCGCAGACAUGGCGCUCAGCAAUUUCCUCUUCGCUCAGUGCAUCUGCUACUUUCUGGCCUUCCUCUUCAGCUUCAUCGUGGUGGUACCGCUCUCCGAGAAUGGCAACGACUUCCACGGCCGGUGCCUGCUCUUCACCGAGGGCAUGUGGCUGAAUGCCAACCUGACAGUGGAGAGGCUCCUCUCCCUGCUGCUGGCCACAGUGCAGGCCUGGAGGACCCUCUUCUUCCUCUGCAAAGGGCACGAGGACUCUUUCUUUUAUGCCUUCCUGAAUCUGCUGAUCAGCGCCUUUGUGGUGUUCAUCACAUUUAUUGCUAGCACUAUAGUGAGUGUAGGAUUUAACAUGUGGUGUGAUGCAAUUACCGAAAAAGGAAGCAUGCCAAAUAGCUGUGAAGAAUUACAGGAUAUAGAUCUUGAACUGAACUUAGAAAACUCAGCUUUCUACGACCAGUUUGCUAUUGCACAGUUUGGUCUCUGGGCUGCCUGGCUGACUUGGCUGGGAAUUACCAUUCUGGCUUUCCUGAAGGUUUAUCACAACUACAGACAGGAGGACCUGCUAGAUAGCCUGAUCCAUGAGAAGGAGCUGUUGCUAGGAAGAUCCUCUUCACGAACCUCUUUGCAAGACGAAAAAAGUGGCAUGAUCUAA